GGCAAGCAGCCCCUUGAGCUUCAUUUCCACCACCUACCUCAUAGCGCCAUUAUCGCACGGAUGUUGCGAUCUCUUUCCCUUCAAGUCUCGCCCCCCUGCUGAUCCGCCGUCUGUCCGUCACCAACAUGGUCUCCACGCGACACCAUCCCCGCGACUUUCCACCCCCUUCGACCGCGAAAGCUGAGCCGCCCUCGACGCCGUCGCCAGCAGCCAAUGGCUCCUCCAAACGAUGGGUACAUGUUCCAUCGGGCGCGUUUACCCUGUGGCUGAUCGUCUCCCUCCCACUCGUUCUGUGGGAUGCUGGCUAUGUGCUGUUGCGCCCUCACUCCAUGCCCGGGAACAAGUGGCACUCCCCGGUCUGGACGCCCUACGCUCUAUACGGAACCAUCGACUACCUCUACGGCUGGCCUGCGUUCAACGCGCGCAACGGAUUCACCGCCGCGCAAACCGUCCUCAACCUCUUCGAGACCGCCGCCUACAUCUACUACCUCGUGAUCGUGUAUACCCAUGGUGUGUCGGCGGGGAGCGUCGGUCGCGGCCAGCGGAAGACCAAGAAGGGGCCGCUGUGGCUGCUGAAGGAAUCGAAGUUGGUGUCGGGACGGACGGGCGCCACUGCGCUUCUGGUUGCGUACAGUGCGUCGGUGAUGACUCUUGGAAAGACCAUUCUAUACUGGCUGAAUGAGGCUUUUUCGGGUUUCGAUAACAUCGGUCACAACGACGGUUGGACGUUGUUCUUCUAUUGGAUUAUUCCCAAUGGUCUCUGGAUUGUCUUCCCGGCCUACAACAUCUAUACUCUGGGGUUGGAAAUCGUGGGCUCGCUGGAGAGUGGCAUUCCGCGCCAGCGAGUCGGGCGGCCCAAGUCGACGUAGGCAUGUCUAUGCUCUAUUGGCAGGAGAAGCUCGGGUCGAUGAGGGUUGUAUACCUGGCGAGGAGCGUCUAAGCAAGAAGGGUGUUGGAGGGUGCGGUGCACUGCACUGCAACAGCCAGACAUGCAGUGCAAGAACGACUUUUGUAUGAG